AUGUAUGGAAGUGCAAGAACAAUCAGCAACUUAGAAGGAAGUCCUGCCAGGUCUCCUCGUUUGCCAAGAUCUCCUCGCCUGGGCCACAGGCGAACAAGUAGUGGAGGAGGAGGAGGAACUGGUAAGACACUAUCAAUGGAGAACAUCCAGUCCCUUAAUGCAGCCUAUGCAACUUCUGGACCAAUGUAUCUGAGUGACCAUGAAGGUGUAGCUUCUACUACUUUCCCAAAGGGCACAAUGACUCUUGGAAGGGCUACAAAUCGAGCUAUGUAUGGUGGUCGAGUCACAGCUAUGGGGAGCAGUCCUAAUAUUGCUUCAGCUGGACUUUCACACACAGAUGUCCUUUCUUAUAGUGAUCAGCAUGGAGGUCUGACCACAUCUUCACAUCAUCACCAUCAUCAAGUUCCUUCUAUGCUGAGACAGGUUAGAGAUAGUACCAUGUUAGACCUGCAAGCUCAGCUUAAGGAACUACAGAGGGAGAAUGAUCUUCUCAGAAAAGAACUCGACAUAAAGGACAGCAAGCUAGGAUCCUCCAUGAAUAGCAUCAAAACUUUCUGGAGUCCUGAGCUAAAGAAAGAAAGAGUAUUGAGGAAAGAAGAAGCAGCAAGAAUGUCAGUUCUUAAAGAACAAAUGAGAGUUUCUCAUGAAGAAAAUCAGUUUUUGGAUGCCAGGAGAACAAAGCAUCUGCAAAUGACAAUCCAGGCACUACAAGAUGAGCUUAGAACCCAGAGAGACCUUAACCAUCUUCUUCAGCAAGAAAGUGGAAACCGAGGAGCUGAGCAUUUUACCAUUGAGCUCACAGAGGAGAAUUUUCGAAGACUUCAAGCAGAACAUGAUAGACAAGCUAAAGAGCUCUUCCUGUUGAGGAAAACACUAGAAGAAAUGGAGCUCAGGAUUGAAACACAAAAGCAAACGCUAAAUGCCAGGGAUGAAUCAAUAAAAAAGCUUCUGGAAAUGUUGCAAAGUAAAGGUUUGCCAUCCAAAGGAAUGGAAGAUGACAAUGAGAGAACUCGAAGGAUGGCAGAGGCUGAAUCUCAGGUUAAUCAUUUAGAAGUGAUUUUAGAUCAGAAGGAGAAGGAAAACAUGCAUCUUAGAGAGGAAUUACAUAGAAGAACCCAGCUUCAGCCUGAGCCAGCAAAGACGAAGGCUCUUCAAACAGUUAUUGAAAUGAAGGAUACAAAAAUAGCUUCCCUUGAGCGCAAUAUAAGAGAUCUUGAAGAUGAAAUACAGAUGCUAAAGACAAAUGGAGUUCUGAAUACAGAGGACCGAGAAGAAGAAAUCAAACAAAUAGAAGUUUACAAGAGUCACUCAAAGUUCAUGAAAAACAAGAUUGACCAACUGAAACAGGAACUCUCAAAGAAAGAAUCAGAACUUCUUGCCUUACAAACUAAGCUUGAAACCCUUAGCAAUCAAAAUUCAGAUUGCAAGCAACACAUUGAAGUGCUUAAAGAGUCUCUUACUGCCAAAGAACAGAGAGCUGCCAUACUUCAGACAGAGGUUGAUGCCUUGCGGUUGCGACUGGAAGAGAAAGAAACCUUUCUAAACAAAAAAACAAAACAACUUCAAGACCUCACAGAAGAGAAAGGAACCCUCGCUGGAGAGAUUCGAGAUAUGAAAGACAUGUUGGAAGUAAAAGAACGAAAAAUAAAUGUCCUUCAAAAAAAGAUUGAAAAUCUACAGGAGCAACUUAGGGACAAAGACAAGCAACUAACUAAUCUAAAAGACAGAGUGAAGUCUUUGCAGACGGAUUCUAGUAACACAGACACAGCUCUAGCAACCUUAGAAGAAGCUCUAUCAGAAAAGGAAAGAAUAAUAGAACGCUUGAAGGAGCAAAGGGAGCGAGAUGACAGAGAAAGACUUGAAGAAAUUGAAUCUUAUAAAAAAGAAAACAAAGACCUGAAGGAGAAAGUUAAUGCUUUACAGGCUGAACUGACAGAAAAAGAGUCUAGUUUAAUCGAUCUCAAAGAACAUGCAUCUUCAUUGGCAUCAGCAGGGCUGAAAAGAGACUCCAAACUUAAGUCUUUAGAAAUAGCCAUAGAACAAAAGAAAGAAGAGUGUAGUAAGUUGGAAGCACAGUUGAAAAAGCAAGCUGAACAGUUGUUCAAUCAGAUGUACAAUCCAAUGCCAAUUAGGAAUAAUGGGAAGCAAGGGGCUCAUGAGGCUGAAGAGGAGGCACGAAUGAAUCCAGAGUUUGCAGACAGAAUUAAACAGCUUGACAAGGAGGCAUCAUACUAUAGAGAAGAAUGUGGCAAAGCUCAGGCCGAGGUUGACAGACUUCUAGAAAUACUCAAGGAAGUAGAGAAUGAGAAGAAUGACAAAGAUAAGAAAAUUGCUGAGUUAGAAAGCUUGACUUCCAGACAUAUGAAGGACCAAAACAAGAAGGUUGCUAAUCUGAAGCACAAUCAACAAAUGGAGAAAAAGAAGAAUGCACAGUUGUUGGAGGAAGUUCGUAGACGAGAGGACAAUAUGACUGACAACUCUCAACAUCUACAAGUAGAAGAGUUGAUGAAUGCUCUGGAAAAGACUAGACAAGAAUUAGAUUCUACCAAAGCCCGUCUUGCCUCAACACAGCAAUCUUUGGCUGAAAAAGAAGCACAUCUGGCGAACCUGAGAAUAGAGCGAAGAAAACAGCUUGAAGAAAUUCUAGAAAUGAAGCAGGAAGCUUUGCUCGCUGCAAUUAGUGAAAAAGAUGCAAACAUUGCCUUGCUUGAACUGUCUGCUUCAAAGAAAAAGAAGACUCAAGAGGAAGUAAUGGCACUUAAACGAGAGAAGGACAGAUUAGUACAUCAGUUAAAACAGCAGACACAAAAUAGAAUGAAACUGAUGGCAGAUAACUACGAUGAUGACCACCAUCACUACCACCACCAUCACCACCACCACCAUCACCGAUCUCCUGGGAGGCCACAACACUCCAACCACAGACCCUCUCCAGACCAGAAGUUUUGCAGGUAUUUUCAGCAUCUCAUAACAGUGUUUUCAGUAGAAUAUCAGUGA